AUGGAAACCCACAAGGAACUUGCGAUCCUGAAAGAGUUCGAAGAGCGCUUCUCACGCUUGGAAAGCACUAUCCACAUGAUUCUGGAUUGCGAUCUUCAUGAACGUCUAUCAGCAUUGGAAGAACUUAUGCAGCAGCAGCAGCGAGCGACAGCAGAUCCAAUGCGAGAAGUGAACCUUGACGACUAUAUGCAGGAUUCUUUGCAGGACAGCGGUCACCUUGGCAUCAGCUUGGAAGGUGAAGAGCUCGAGGACUCGCCUGACAGCAGAGUGGGAGCCCGGCACACCGAUUCCUCAGUGACAGGGACCAAAGAAAUCAAGAAGUUUUUCUCGCAGCACUCUGCUAGCUCCCUUGUGCAGAAGAGGCGGCUGAGCACUGAGUCUUAUUCCCCACAGGAGUACUAUCGCUUUGAAGAUUCCACAUGGGACCUUGCUGUGCUUGGGGGCACUACACAACUGGGUCGCGCAGGGACUGUCCAAACCAUGCUCCUGGUAUUCAUGACCGUUCUGAUGCAGUGUGUGUAUGUGGGCAUUGCUUGGAAUAACUUCUUAGACCCAGAGGUCACAGAUUCAAUCGUACAAGAGGCGGUUGGGUGGAGGAAUUCUUAUGGCCACUCCUUCAGCGUAUACGACAGGAUUCUUGGCAAAUCAUUGGUAGAACGUGUUUGCGAUGGUGACAAAUCCUUGCAUUUGUCAGGAAUUCAAGUCACUCUCCAUGAUGAAAUCCGGAAGUACUUAAAGCCGGAGGCCAAUGGCUUUGCCGCCCUUUUCACUGGGCAAACGCUUUGUGUGGUUGCCUUGCUUUGUUGGUACAUGAUGGUUGCAAAAGAGAUCAGUCAAGCCUUGGCCCUUCAUCGUGGGAUCAUGGCCAUCCCCACAGGCGCCAGCCACAUGAAAAUGAGGGAAAAUCCCUUCACACAGGUUUUGGAAUUCAGGCUCACCACAGCCUCGUCUGGCCGAAAGCUCCUGAGCUUUUUUCUUCUCCUCUAUCGAUUGAUAGCAGCAGCGCUUCUGCUCUACGUGGGGUCAUUUUUCUUGGUCUACACCGUGAACAUAACGGACCUCAUUCUCAAUACCGUUUCAUUGGGCAUAAUUCUCGAUAUUGACAACUAUAUUUUUGCUGCAUUGGCCACAACUGCUGGCAAGAGUCUGAUGUCUCACUUGGAACCUUUGAGGAUACCACCCUAUCGCCGCUACAAGGGGGCUGAUCUCAAAUCGGUCAUGAUUUUUGUGGUGGUUCCAUUCGUUACGAUUUGCGUAUCUACCUUGAUGUUGAUGCCGAUGUCCUCCACACUUUCUGCAGUGAGUAAUGCCAUGUGUGGUGGAAACAAGGGUUUCAUUUGGACCGUCGACAAGCGCGGCAUCACCCUUUUGGCACCCACAGCCAUGAGCCCCAACACCAGUCGCGUCACGGCGAGCAACUUCCGCACGGAGCAGGCCAUCGGUGCAGCUGGUGGAUUCACUCCAGGGCCUCAUGUGGAUUUUGCCGUGUGGGUGGCAGACCCCUUGGCGAUGGAAGACUUGCAAGCACUCAAUCUAGAUGAACAACUCGGUGAGGGCAAUCCAAGUUGUACAGACCUUGCCGCUCACGAUGAGACAAUGAUGAACUACUUGCGAGAUGGCUUUGGAAAUUAUAGUAUUAGCACAUGUUCUGACGUGGCACCUUUUUGCAACUCUAUCACAACUUUGCCAGACUGGGGCUUGGAUGGUGGUCGCGGCUUUCUGUCACGUAUGCUUUGCUCCGAUACUUGUGGUUGCUCUGAUCCCGGAGGUGAGUUCAUGUUUGUGCAGGGUUGCCCUUUCAACACUGGACAGUGCUUGUCGUCUAGCACCUACAAGGCAAAGCUGCAAGAGGCCACAUGCCAGGAGAAAUCUGCUGAACAGCUUCGAGGAUAUGCUCCUUGGAUCUCGUGGACCAGCAGCCUCCGUAGAUUCGGAAAUGCUUUCAACAACAGCGGCGAACUACAUGGACAGAGCGAGACACUUCUUCUGGCAGAGGCGAUGUGGGAUCAUGGCUGUGAUUUCCACCAAGUCCUCGACGCUCAGAACAUCUCCUGGGGAACUUGCUAUCAGUGGAGCCCAUUGUUUGAUUGGGGCUUCAAGACUCUAGCCUUCUUUUGUCCCAUGACAUGCGGAUGCGACUCGACGACCAGCAGCGAGCAAGACUUGAGAUGUCCUAUGCCUCAGGGAAGAAGUUGCGAAGAAGUGGUAGACUGCAUCUAUGCAAGGGGAGCAUAUCAUUGCGCAGAUGACGAGGGCUCUUCAAUUGUUGAAGGAUUGCUCGAACACACAAAGACAGACGUGGAUUUGUUCAACUCAUACGCCUUCGAGCUGCGGCAAGCCCUCCAGCAGUGCUUGGCGAAGCUAGCAGGCGAUCCGGUCCUUGCAGAAGACGUGAUGAUCCUGUUCAGCAGUCCUGCCAGGGUGGAAUUCCAAAUGCUGGUAGUAAACGAUCUUGAAGAGGUGACGGGCAUUUUGUCUUCGCACUCUGCAUCUCACGUUUCCAGUACUUGUUUGACGUUCAUGAACAACAAGUCCAUUCCUGUGAGUGCUAUGGGAUUGGAGUUGGGAUUGAUCGACAUCUACGGCAUCGGACCCAACAACUUGGACGCUAACAAUACCACGGAUGGUAUGUCUUCAGUACCUUCAGGGCCAGGAGCACCGACCGAUGAACGACCAGAUCCACCAGAAGGUGGGUCUGGACCUAGACCUUAG